CCGCCUCCCAAGGUAUCGAAUGGACGUGCCAAAACGGUCCCGGUACGACGUGUAGAAGCUGGAGAGCUUCGCCUGGAACUAUGGGUGGAAGAGGCACGGCAGAAGUUUAAUGAACCGGUGGACUCUGAACAUCCACCAUGAGCUGCGGAUCUCUAUCUUAUAGCUUGCUGCCGUGUUCGUCUAGUUCACCAUUACUUUCUGAUUUCAGUGAAACAUUUUCUGCUCCUUAUCUCAUAUCUCCAUUUAUCUCAUUCUUGUUUUAGCGUGACCAAUGAUCGAACAUACAUGAUGGAUGAGGAAAUUAGGCACUGUCGUCCGAGUGAGCGGCGCAAAUAUAUAAAAUGGGGAGCGGACGAUUUCUGGGACUCGCAUGGCAUUACAUAGAUCUGGUUCAUAUCUUUCCUUGUCUUUUUGCUCGCAAUUUCUUUCCGUCCAUUUCUGCCUGUCGUCAUUCUGUCACGUUCCUUUUCCCCUUCUUUUUCUCUUCUCCUUGCCCCUUUUCCUUUUCUCUUUUACCUCCAAAUUUUCUCAUCUCUGGAGACGUCUCUAUUUCUUUUUCCAAGCAUUCUCCAUUCUCCUCCCCGCCAUUUCCACGGAGUGUUCUCAUUUUCAUACCAUUUCCUAUUGUAUUCCGCUCGUCUCCUUUGUUGAGCUCUCUCUCCAACUACAUGAUCCUAGCAAAUUCAAAUAUCUAGCAACUAGCUGCCAAAAAGUUGCCAGCAUGGUCCCCACUGCUCGGGGAGGGUCUCGAGUCCUGUCCGUAAUCGUUAAUUUGUCCCCAUCGCAUUUAUUUUGGCAUAUCCUUGUUUCUCUCGGCGUGUGUGUGUGUUUGCCUCUGUUCUUCCUUCGCCUCGCUUUGACUGCCGUGCCCAUCUUGGAAAUGUGAUCCAGUGAAAGGGAUCUUGACACGAUUUGGCUGCAUAAAGUCACGAAACCAGCUGAUAAUGGGAUACAGGCGUCCACAGUGUGUCAGUGUCACUGAACUCCAUAUCGCCUUACAUGGAAGAAAAAUCAAAGCUG